GAGUCUCGCUCUGUCGCCCAAGCUGGAGUGCAGUGAUGUGAUCUCGGCUCACUGCAAGCUCCGCCUCCUGGGUUCACGCCAUUCUCCUGCCUCAGCCUCCCAAGUAGCUGGGACUACAGGCGCCCGCCACCACGCCUGGCUAAUUUUUUUUUUGUAUUUUUAGUAGAGACGGGGGUUCACCGUGUUAGCCAGGAUGGUCUCGAUCUCCUGACCUCGUGAUCCACCCGCCUCGGCCUUCCAAAGUGCUGGGAUUACAGGCGUGAGCCAUCACGCCUGGCCAGGAAAUGAUUUUUUAAACCUUGGAGUGGAGAAGGCCUUCUGAAAUGACACAAAGGCUACACAUCAUGAAAUAAAAGAUUUAAACAAAAGACUUCAGAAAAAUUGAUACAAAAAUCAUAAGAAAAUUAAGACACUGAAAAAAUGUAUUUUCAAUACUUAUCACAAGAGCUAAUUUCCUUAUAUGCAUAAAGCUCCUCCAAAUCAGUAAAAAUUGCAUAAUUCUAUAGACACACAGGCUAAAGACAAAUAACAGAUCACAUUUUCAAAUGUUUUGAUCUUUAUCACUAAGUGAUAAAAAGUAUAAAAGUCUCUCCCCCUCCCCCUCCCCCUCCCUCCCGUCUCCCUUAUUGCUUCCAUCUCCUUCUCCUUCUUUCUUCGGUCUCCCUCUGUUGCCGAAGCUGGACUGUACUGCCGUGAUCUCAGCUCGCUGUAACCUCCCUGCCUCGGGCUCCUGUGAUUCUCCUGCGGCAGCCUGCCGAGUGCCUGGGAUUGCAGGUGCGCGCCGCCACACCUUACUGGUUUUUGUAUUUUUGGUGGAGACGGGGUUUCGCCGUGUUGACCGGGCUGGUCUCCAGCUCCUGGCCUCCAGUGAUCUGCCCGCCUCGGCCUCCCGAGGUGCUGGGAUUGCGGACGGAGUCUCGCUCACUCAAUGCUCAAUGUUGCCCAGGCUGGAGUGCAGUGGUGUGAUCUCGGCUCCUUACAACCUCCACCUCCCAGCCGCCUGCCUUGGCCUCCCAAAGUGCUAAGAUUACAGCCUCUGCCCCGCCGCCACCCCGUCUAGGAAGUGAGGAGCGUCUCUGCCUGGCCGCCCAUCGUCUGGGAUGGGCAUGCUCAAGGAGGGAGUGCGCCUGGACUGCGUCCGGGGUGGGCGGCAGAAGUACAAGCGGCGGCCGGAGGUGGACCCACUGCCCUUCCCGGGCCCCUUCCCUGCUGGGCCCCUGGCAGUCGCUGGAGGUCCCCGGAAGACAGCCCCAGUGAAUGCACUGGUGUCUCAUCUGCUGGUGGUUGAGCCUGAGAAGCUCUAUGCCAUGCCUGACCCCGCAGGCCCUGAUGGGCACCUCCCAGCCGUGGCUACCCUCUGUGACCUCUUUGACCGAGAGAUCGUGGUCACCAUCAGCUGGGCCAAGAGCAUCCCAGGCUUCUCAUCGCUGUCGCUGUCUGACCAGAUGUCAGUACUGCAGAGCGUGUGGAUGGAGGUGCUGGUGCUGGGUGUGGCCCAGCGCUCACUGCCACUGCAGGAUGAGCUGGCCUUCGCUGAGGACUUAGUCCUGGAUGAAGAGGGGGCACGGGCAGCUGGCCUGGGGGAACUGGGGGCUGCCCUGCUGCAACUAGUGCGGCGGCUGCAGGCCCUGCGGCUGGAGCGAGAGGAGUAUGUUCUACUGAAGGCCCUGGCCCUUGCCAAUUCAGACUCUGUGCACAUCGAAGAUGCCGAGGCUGUGGAGCAGCUGCGAGAAGCUCUGCACGAGGCCCUGCUGGAGUACGAAGCGGGCCGGGCUGGCCCUGGAGGGGGUGCUGAGCGGCGGCGGGUGGGCAGGCUGCUGCUGGCGCUACCGCUCCUCCACCAGACAGCGGGCAAAGUGCUGGCCCAUUUCUAUGGGGUGAAGCUGGAGGGCAAGGUGCCCAUGCACAAGCUGUUCUUGGAGAUGCUCGAGGCCAUGAUGGACUGAGGCAAGGGGUGGGACUGGUGGGGGUUCUGGCAGGACCUGCCUAGCAUGGGGUCAGCCCCAAGGGCUGGGGUGGAGCUGGGGUCUGGGCAGUGCCACAACCUGCUGGCAGGGCCAGGGCAAUGCCAUCAGCCCCUGGGAGCAGGCCCCACGCCCUCUCCUCCCCCUCCUAGGGGGUGUCAGAAGCUGGGAACGUGUGUCCAGGCUCUGGGCACAGUGCUACCCCUUGCAAGCCAUAACGUGCCCCCAGAGUGUAGGGGGCCUUGCGGAAGCCAUAAGGGGCUGCACGGGAUGUGUGGGAGGCAGAAACCUAUCUCAGGGAGGGAAGGGGAAGGAGGCCACAGUCUCCCAGUGGGUGAUGCUUUUGCUGCUGCUUAAUCCUACCCCCUCUUCAGAGCAGAGUGGAACUUGGAGAGCAAAGGCCCAUGCCCCAUUAGCUCCUCCUCUCAUCAUUUGCAUUGGGCAUUAGUGCCCGCCCUUGAAGCAAUAACUCCAAGCAGACUCCAGCCCCUGGACCCCUGGGGUGGCCAGGGCUUCCCCAUCAGCUCCCAGUGAGCCUCCUCAGGGGGUAGGAGAGCACUGCCUCUAUGCUCUGCAGAGCAAUAACACUAUAUUUAUUUUUGGGUUUGGCCAGGGAGGCGCAGGGACAUGGGGCAAGCCAGGGCCCAGAGCCCUUGGCUGUACAGAGACUCUAUUUUAAUGUAUAUUUGCUGCAAAGAGAAACCGAUUUUGGUUUUGAACCUUUAAUGAGAAAAAAAUAUAUAAUAUCGAGCUCAAAAAAAAAGUAUAAAAGUUUAAAAAAAGACUAUUUCGUUGUAGUUUAUUCCACAUUUGUAUUAUUAAGAGUGAGGUCAAACGUCUCUUUAUGUUUUUUUUAUUUUUUUAUUUUUUGAGACAGGGUCUCACAGUUGCCCAGGCUGGAGUACAGUGGCAUAAUCACGGCUCACUGUAGCCUUGAGCUCCCCAGGCUCAGUUAAUCCUCCUACCUCAACCUCCUGAGUAGCAAAGACUACAGGCUCACACCACCACACCUGGCAAAUUUUUGUAUUUUUCUGUAAAGACAAGGUUUCACCAUGUUGCUCAGGCUGGUCUUGAACUCCGGGACUCAAAGCCAUUUAAUGGCCUUUAAAAACAUAAAGAAGGCUAGGCAUGGUGGUGGCUCACGCCUGUAAUCCCAACAGUUUGGGAGGCCGAGGUGGAU